AUGGUCGCUCACGAUGAAGAAGCCGAUGCUUUGCUUGAGGAGUUUGAACUAAGAGAGGAGGUCAAGGUGCGAGAUGCUCGAACCCCGCCUUCAGUAUGUUGCACGUGCGGUUGGAGAUGGAUAGCAGCUCUUAUCGUGGUUGCACUACUAUCGGCAAUCGGGGUCGUAGUGGCAUUGUAUGGUCCGUCAAGCAGCCCACCAGGUAAUGAUACUACCGGCCAUCUUGGGUACCGACUCCAUCCUGAGGAUCACGCAAAACGUCCCCCAACAACGCAAUAUUUCAACUGGACUAUCGCAGCCGGAACCAAAUCACCAGAUGGAGUUGAGAAGCGGGUGUACCUCGUUAACAAUGAGUUUCCAGGACCCCUCAUCGAGGCCCGGUCUGGUGACCGAAUUGUGAUUCAUGUUCGCAAUGGACUUCAAGAUGAGGGCCUGUCUCUUCAUUGGCAUGGCCUGCGCAUGAGAUACCAGAACAGUAUGGAUGGCGCUGUUGGGUUUACACAAUGUCCUAUCACUCCCGGCACAAGUUUCACUUACAACUUCACCAUCGGCGCAGAGGAACAAGGCACUUUUUGGUGGCAUUCCCACUCUGAUGUUCAACGCGCCGAUGGGCUAUGGGGAGGUCUCGUUGUUCAUUCUCCAGAUGAGGUUGAUGUUCCACCAGAAGAUUACCUGCUCAUGAUCGGUGAUUGGUUUCACCGAAAUCAAACGGAAGUGCUAGGGUGGUAUGCCGAUGCGAGUAGUCGAGGGAAUGAACCUGUCCCAGAUUCGUUACUGGUCAAUGGUCGGGGACGCUUCAACUGCUCCAUGGCUGUUCCUGCGAGACCAGUUGUUUGCUCUCAGGUCCAUCUUAGCGACCUCAAACCCCUUAUCAUGUCUGGGAGUCUGAAGAAGGUCAGAAUUAGAGUAGUCAACACAGGCUCCGUCGCAGGCCUUUCCUUGAGGGUCGGUGGAGCCAUAAUUCGGCCAGUUCGCGUGGACGGAGGCUUCGCUGUCAAAACUGAAGCCACCGAAACGGUCGGUGUUCUCUAUCCUGGUGAAAGAGUUGACCUCGAGGUUGAGUGGAAGGAGAACUAUGCCGGAGACCGUUGGCUUACCGUUUAUAUGGACGAUGAGAACUUUGGCUAUCCUAACCCAGCACUACACCCAACCCAAAGCUUCCCGAUGUUCAGCUCAAGCGCAAAGGGAUCAUUCGAUGAAGCCGUUCCUCAGCCUUUGAAACAAGAUGAGAUCCAGGUCCUUGACUCGCAGAAUCUCAAAGCCGUUAUCAAAGUAUCGGAUCUCCCAGCAAAGGCAGAACAGACUAUUCUUCUUUACGCUAAAGUCGAGAAGCUGGCACACAUGGACUAUGCACCAGUCGGAUUCAUCAACCAUACAUCCUGGACGCCACAAACUCCACCUCUACUGGCUCAAAACCGAACUUCAUGGGAUGAAAACCAACUAGUCCCAUUUAUCGGAAUAUCGGACAGUAAACCAAAGAGAGUCGACGUGGUCAUCAACAACCUGGACGACGGUGCACAUCCGUUUCAUCUUCAUGGCCAUUCGUUCUACGUUCUAUCAUCAUACAGAAAUCCAGGCCGCGGGAGCUGGGGCAGUUACAAUCCGUACACAGGCGAGGCACCUCCGAACGGCUUGGAUCUUGAGUUUCCGGUGCGCAAAGAUACUGUUAGUGUACCACGGCGGGGUCAUGUCGUGUUGGCGUUGGUGGCUGAUAACCCGGGAAUAUGGGCGUUGCAUUGCCAUAUGCUUGUUCACAUGGCGCGGGGUAUGGCGAUGGGGUUACAUGUUGGUGAUAUUGACGAUUCAGAGCAUGUUGCGGCGGAGUUGUGUACAUAA